AUGAAUCAUCAUAAUAAUAAUAAUAAAUUUUCUAUAAAUAACAAUACCAAUAAUAAUAAUGUUUUUGUUAAUUUAUCACAUCUUUUAUUAUCAGCGAUAGUCAAUGAACUAGAAGUUAAUUUGGAUAGGAUCUGUUUCAGUUUGGUCUGUAAAAGAUGGUUUCAACAAAGAGAUAAAUAUCUUUUGUUCAAUGCAGAUAAAAUGAUUUUCAAAUCACUCUCUAUAGAUAACAAUGAUUUCGAAAACUUUCAUUUAAAUUCGUAUUGCAACCAAUUGGAACACUCAAAAUUAGUCAAAUCAAACUGUGAUCUAUAUAUUUAUAAUAGUAAUGAUAGGAUUUCAUAUUGUCCAAAGAUAUUCGAUUAUAAUCAUAAUUUAUUAGAAGAUAAUCUAGAUAAAUUAAAUAUAUCAUAUUCUGUAAAUAAAUUAAUAUUAUCAGGAUCAAUUGAAAAGAAUCAGUUGGAAUCUCUAAAAGAUAGAAUAGAUGAAUCCAAUAUUCACUAUAUUGAUUUCGGUCAUGAAUUCAACCAUUCUCUAAAUGCCAACUUUCUUUCACAUAAAAUUCAAUCGAUCCGAUUGUCUUACUUCUUUGACCAUGCAUUGGAGAUAGGAUCGCUUCCUUCUUCUCUUCCAGGUUUGCUUCCUGCCGGCCUAAAAGAGUUGAAUUUCAACAAUGUUUUACACAAUAAUCUACUGGUCAGUGGUUCUCUCCCUAAGUCUUUAGAAUCGAUUUCCAAUAUACCAUGUUCUUGGCUGGCCAAUCUUAAGGAUCUUCCACUGCUAAAGAAAAUCAAAUUUUUUGAACCACUUGUCAUCAACCAACUACAAAAUCCAAAUGAUAAUCCAAACAUGAUCAAUGUUGGCGAUAUACCAAAUACAAUUACCGAUCUUCACUUUGGAUUCAAUUGUAACUAUAAACUUACGCUUGGUGUCAUUCCACAAUCGAUUCAACAUUUAAAUCUAAAUUGCUCAUCGAUUCCAUUCCUUCGACGGUCUCUAUGA